AUGACCGAGGCAGCCGAUCCCGAUGGCGUCUCUAAAGAGAUAGUCCCAGAAUCGUCGGAAAAGCCGCAGGACACACAAGUGAAGCGUCGCCGGCGAUCGGUGCUCCGAGUUUCCCAGCUCCUGCUGCGGGCCAUUGCCGCCCACAAAGGACUGACUCUCACAAUGCUCAAGAAGGAGUUCGGCAACGCCGGCUACCAGGUGGGCAGGAAAUGCAGCGAUCAUUCCUCCUUGGGGCCCAAGCCAGCGUCGGUGAAAGGCACUUUGCUCCGGGUGAGCGGCAGCAAAGCCGAGGGCUUCUUCAGAGUCUGGAAGAGUCUGAAGCCAAUCAAGAAACGUACCAAGAGAAGAUCUGCGGAGAUCGAGGAAGUGAACCAGAAUUGCUUCGAGUCCCUGUUUGCUCGCCGGUAUAGGAAGCCUCCUGAGGAGGAUUCCCAACCCAGCCCAGGGGACUCGUUCAAACCCGAGACGCCCGAGGGGCCCGAGACUCCCGACUUGUACGACUUGUCCGAGACUCCGCAUUCAUCCGAGGAGAAAAUCUACGUGGAGCAAGUGAAUGAAAACCCUGAGGAUAUGGAGGAGGUCGCGCUGAGUUUGGUCCCAGGAUACUCCAUGAGCCAGAAGGCAUCUAAGAAAACGAGGGAAGAGAUGGGGCCCAAGGCGAAGCAGAGAAAGAUAAAGAAGAUGAAGAUGAAGGAGAAAUCGAAAGACCAGUUGAGGUCGACGGAAGGGUCAAAGAGGCCAAAGACAAAGAAAGGAAAGAAAAUGAGGAUUAAGGAGAACAGAGGAGAGACGGUGAACGAAGACAAGAAAACGAAGCCGAAGGAGAAGACAAGGGAGAAGGUGAGGGAGAGGAACGUGGACCCGGAGAAGCAAGUGAAACAUAAGCAAAACCGCCAGAACUGUUGCCAGAGAUACAGCCCGAACCUGAAUCUCGCAUCAGCCAAGUCGAGCAAGAUCCAUGGAGGCAAUAUGAAGGCCCUUGAUCGGAGAACAAGGCGACCUUACAAAAUUUCCCCCCGAAAGGAUUCCUCCCGAAAAGAAAGCGCACAAGGGAUAGAAUCAAUCCUGAAGCGAAGGGAGUGCGACCUCACAGAAUCAAUCAGCCCCCACUUCACCUGUGCACUCUCUGUGUGUUUCUUCAGCGUCUUCUCGAGGCUUUUCACCUCAGCCGGAGAACCUCCAGCCCCAGGCUUGAGACAGACAUUCAGCUUGAUAUUCAAGGGUCACAUUUCGCUUUUCCGACAGUGA